AUGCCUGCCACUCAGGAGCCUCAGCAGCAGCAGCCCAUGGAGGCAGUUGCUCCGGAAAAUGCCACCGUCACAGAGCAGCCCACCCCCGAGCCCGAGAUGUCAACAACAAGCCUUCGUGGUGGUUUUGUUGAGGAGUGCAGCUGCUGCUGUUUCUCCGAGGAGUGUGCUUGCUGCUAG